AACGAGGAUCAAGUAAAUCACAAAUUACGAGAAAAAUUGUAUGAAUGUGAACUACGGUUUCCCACGGGGGACGAAGGACGGUAGGAGAAAUAGGCACCAGAAAGCUGCAAGCAAUCAAAUUUUGACUCGCAAUUUAUGUUUUCUCUGGAAAGAGGAAACUUUGCGCUAUGAUCACCCCGCACAACCCCAUCAUCUGAUCCAGUUUCAAGCAUGGCUUCCUUCUGUAGCGUUUGCGCCCCAGGAGCUCUCGAGUUUUUGCCAGCUCCCACUCAAUUCCCCAGACGAAUAUCUACCGCGAUCAGCUCUUCUCAGUUCUUCCGCCAAAUCUCCCUCUCAAAGAAAACCCACCUUCACAGCAGAACGCGAAAUUGGGUCGUCGGCUCCGUCACAGAGGAUCGGGAGGUAGUAUCGGUGGAUAAUGGGCCAGAGGAAACCGAAAACCGUUUAACUCUAAAAGGGUCUGAUGAACCUGAGGGCCUUUCAGCUUCUUCGUCAUCGUUUUCAUCCAAAAUGGAGGCAGGAGGGGGUGGUGGUGGUGACGAUUCUGAUCGACUUACAAGCCGAGCAAUCAAUGCGAUCAUGGUGUUGGGAUUUGGGUCAUUUGCAGUUACUAAGUUACUAACAAUCGACCAUGAUUACUGGCAUGGUUGGACCUUUUAUGAGAUACUAAGAUAUGUACCUGAACACAAUUGGAUAGCUUAUGAACAAGCUCUGCAACAAAAUCCCGUUUUAGCCAAAAUGGCAAUCAGUGGGAUUGUGUACUCCAUAGGAGACUGGAUAGCUCAGUGCUAUGAAGGAAGGCCUCUUUUUGAGUUUGAUCGGACUAGAUUGUUCAGAUCAGGUCUUGCUGGGUUCACUCUCCAUGGAUCUCUUUCUCAUUACUAUUACCAACUUUGUGAGGCUAUUUUCCCUUUCCAUGGUUGGUGGGUUGUGCCUGCUAAGGUUGCUUUUGACCAAACCGUGUGGGCAGCAAUUUGGAACAGUAUCUACUUUGUGGUUUUGGGGCUGCUACGAGCAGAAUCUAUCAGUAACAUAUAUGGUGAACUGAAGUCCACAUUUUGGCCCAUGCUGACUGCGGGGUGGAAGCUUUGGCCUUUUGCACAUCUGAUCACUUAUGGUGUAAUUCCUGUGGAACAAAGGCUUCUUUGGGUGGAUUGCGUGGAGCUCAUCUGGGUCACAAUACUUUCAACUUAUUCGAACGAGAAAUCAGAAGCUCGAAUAUCUGAAGCAGCUGAGGAAGCAACAUUAUCUAAUUCUUCAGACCACCAGCCACCUGAGAAUCAAAGGAAAAAAUGAGUUGAAGAGAUGGAAUCUUGGGAAACCUUUAUUGGAGGCAGUUACAAGAGUCAUCAACCUUGCAAAAACUUAUGAUUCAUUGUUCAAAGCUUGGAGGAAGAUUGAGGGUUACUAUCCACUGGUUUCAACCUGCUGUGGCGUAAAACUACUAGUCUGCAAGGGAGUUCACAUCCUUCUGCCCGUGGUGUAAUGCGCAUGUUGCAGAACCAGAUCGAGAGAUGGAUAGAUGAUUACAUAAAUACAUAAACACAAAUCAUGUUUAGGCUUGUUCUUCUUCCUAACGAUGCAUUGUAUUGACUUAAUCUACCUGCAUAAAUAAAGAAUGCCUCCUUGUAUCAACUGGUGGGCGAAAUCUAAAACCUCCAUUAAUAGCAACUGGUGUAUAUUUUUAGGUUGAUAAGUCUGUUAUAGUUGGUAUCAAGACAAAAGCUUCUUGGGCAUGAACAAGAUUGGAAGCUAUUGGCAUCUACCUCGAUUUGUGUAAAAUUGAUACCGUUCCGGAAGUAUAUGGUGAAUUCACUUAUUCA